GAAGCCAAGGAAGAAGUUAAGGGCUUCAACCAAACAAGUGGAUGAGGGAGGAGGUUGGAAAGGAGGUAGUGCCUAGCAUUGCAGUUGGAGUGGAGGAGGAGGAGCUAGAGUUGCAGUUGAAGAGGAAAAGUAGGGAUGAGAGAGAGGCACUACAGAAGAAGAAGAAAGUGGUGGAGGAGGAGGAGAGGGGGAACGAGGUUCCCCAAUUCGUGCCUCGGCCUCCUCCUGUUGAGCUCGACCCUAAGCUCAGGGAAUCUGAGGAGGGGGCUGAGGUACGAGCUCCUGGCAAAGGAAAGGGUCAUAUUCCCCCGUUUUCCUUUCAGAAUAGCCUAUUUGAGGCGAAGAACAUGACGGGGGCGAGGAGGUUUAUCAACACCACCUUCCCUGAAGUGGACAAGCGUCACGCAUGGGAUGAAACUCUGAGGUACUGUGGGGCUUCGGUGGUGAAGCACGUUUUAGAGGCGAAAGAAAUAACGCUGAUGAAGGAUGCUUUCAUGGAGCUGAAGGAGAAUGUGCAGAUGUUGGUGCACAAUGGGAUGAAGGAGCACAUCAGCAACUUCAUCAGCUUUAGCUCAUUUGACAACAUCGUCAACUUAUACCGGCUACCAACUGCCAUCAUUGCUUUCACUGACUGCAGAAAGAAGGUGAAGGCUGAAUAUCCCGAAGUAGAUAUUACAAAGAUCACCUUCGGUGAGCAAGAAGAAGGAGUGGAGGAGAACGGUGAGAGCAAGUCAGCAAACUUCCGUCCUCAGAUCAAACUGAGGUGGGAGCAUGAUGCAGAUGGAUGCGUUGUUUUCCCUCCAAAGUUCAACUUUGAGUUCGUUGCAGUGGAGGAAGAAAGGGCAGAGGUAGAGGACGACAAAGUGGAGGCAGGAAUGGAAGGAACUGAAGUGGAUGAGAGCCAACCAAUUCCAGAAGUGGAGAUUCAUCCAGUUCCUUCUGACGAUGAGCAGCCUCCUCUGCUAGACGAGUAGCAACCAACACAGCCACCUCUUCUGGCUGAACAGGAGCCAGUUGAGCCACCUCUUCCAGUGGAGGAAUAAUUUUUGUUUGUUGUUUUUCCUUUGAUGUUUUUAUUAGAACAACAGUAAAACAAUCUGUUGUAAUACUGUUUUUCUUUGAAUUAAAAUUCAGUUUUAAAA